AGCUGUGUCAGGGGAGGGCAGCUGGGGGUGAGGGACAGGUCUGCACCACGGGGUGGUGGGCAUGGAACGGGAUACACAGGGCACUGGGCACGGCCCCAAGUGCCGGAGUUCAAGGGGCACUGGGACACCGGUCUCAGACACAGAGUUUGGUGCUGUGUGAAGCCAGGGAUUGUGCCCAAUGAUCCUUAUGAGUCCUUUCCAACUUGAGAGAUUCUGUGACUCUAUAAAAUAUGCUGCUGAUAUCAAAGGGAAGUGUAGGACGCCUUGACAUGAAGGCAGAUGGGGAUGGAAAGGCCUGGGCAUUUACAGAGCAAUUGAUGUUUUACACUAUAGUCUGGUUUCUUUUCUGUACUUGGAUGACAGAAAAUAUGCCUUCUGCCAAAGCCUGCUUGCUUUGCUAUGCACAUUCACUAAAAUGCCUUUUCAUAUGCAAGUGUCUUUCUCUGCCUGAGGACCUGAUAUAUCCAGAGGGUUAGCAUUUAGGAAAUGAUUUCAUUUGCAUUAGGCAACUUGCAGAAGCAAAUGACAGCCAGUGAUAACGAUGCUGUCUUAUGUGAAGCAAGCUCAAGCAUCGCCAACCUUAUCCUGCUUCGCUCUCACCCUGUUGAACACUGCACCAAAAGAAACGCCAUGGUGCUUUUAUGCUACCGGGCCAGUUUGUUAGUAAGUAUUGUUAUUCCCAGUUGCCUCAGGCUUUCUGAUUGUCCUUACAAUCUAGCUAGCCUUAAGUGAGAAAACUGGAGAGAACGUACAAAGAGAGAAAGAAUGGCGUCCUGGUUCCAUAUGAGACUGCAAAAUGUUGUUAGAUGGGUUUGGAGGUUCUGUAAAGUGGAGUCAAGCGUGGUGAGGUAUUGCUCAUUCUAUUGGCUGGGAGAGGUCCCUAGUCUGAGCCACUUCCAGAGCCAUGCCUGGAUUUCACCUGGGCUUCAAUGGUCCAGGGGAGAUCCAGGGACAGAGGAAGAGAUGAACAGUGUGGGCAGCACAGAUCCCUAUCUCUGCUGAUCCUUGGUAAUGGGCAUGGCCCCUUAGGGUGCACAGAGGAAGAAGUAGAAGUGAUGUUAAGAUACCAACCAAAACCACCGGCAAGCUAAUGUGAAGAGAGGAAGCCCUGGUUUCUUUGCACUUACAGACAGUGGGGAUGGAAGCCUUUCACAGAGAUGUUGUUACUUUGGAGAGAUUUGCUUCCAGUGCAGCUUCCUAAGUCAAGCAAGGGAACAUCUGUCACUUGCUGACACCAACUGGACCUUCUGAGGCCAACUUCUGAGCAAAGCCACCAGCAAGAUGUAGCUACAGGACUUCCCUGGCACAGUUCAUCGUCUACCCUGUUCAUGUUAAGUCUAUGCUUCCCAUGUGCAUCCUUACACCAGGUAACCCAUUAGGGCAUGCUUCUGAGGAGGAUUAUUUCAGAUGGGUAAAAGAAGAUUCCUGUCUUUACACUUAAUCUUCUCUUUAUAAUCAAAUACUGGGAAUCAGUGUGAAGAUGUUGUCAACAAGAAGAUUUAUUCUAGCUUGAGUGAAUUUUGGCUAGAUUUAGACUGACUCUGUGUACAACAGAAAACUACAUUUUGCAACAAGCAAUGACUAACCUUGUUUAAUUAAGAUGACGCUACGGAUAACUCAUUAUUCUCUAUAGAUUAGAAAAUGUCUUCCCUGUUCCACCCCAUAGGCCCAGCCACAUUCAGUGUGGCUUCUCAAGCAGUGAGUGAAUUUUCUCUGUGAUUUUUCUUUCACUUUUGCACUCACGGUGACAGUAGGAAUGGGUCUGUUGUUGCAGCUGGUCCCCUCACUCCUUUUCCCACCAGCAGCUCCCUGCACCUGCAUUCUGUUUCUCCUCUGUCCCACAGAGCCAUGACCAGAGCCAUAGUCAAGAAGGCAGAGCCCAAUGGGGCAAUUGCAGCUCCUGAAGAGACAGAAAAGGAGGAAAUGGAAGAGCGAGGCCAGUGGAGCAGCAAAGUGGAGUUUGUGCUGUCUGUGGCUGGAGAGAUCAUUGGUCUGGGUAACGUGUGGAGGUUCCCAUACCUCUGCUACAAGAAUGGCGGUGGAGCAUUCCUCAUCCCCUACCUCAUCUUCCUCUUCACCUGUGGGAUCCCACUGUUCCUUCUGGAGACAGCACUGGGGCAGUACACCAGCCAAGGAGGGGUCACUGCCUGGAGGAAGAUCUGUCCCAUCUUUGAAGGAAUUGGAUAUUCCUCGCAAGUCAUUGAGGUCUAUCUAAACAUCUACUAUAUCAUUAUACUGUCCUGGGCACUCUUCUACCUGUUCAGCUCAUUCACCACUGUACUACCAUGGGCCAGCUGCAACAACCCUUGGAACUCAGAUCUCUGUGUGGACUUUCUGAAUAGCUCCGACUGGGACAACAGAACUGUGCCUGCAAACGCCACCUCUCCAGUGGUUGAGUUUUGGGAGAAGAGAGUCCUGGGACUAACGGAUGGUAUUCACAAACUGGGCACUGUGCGCUGGGAGCUGGCUCUGUGUCUCCUGCUGGCAUGGAUCAUCUGCUACUUCUGCAUCUGGAAAGGUGUCAAGUCCACAGGAAAAGUCGUGUACUUCACUGCCACCUUCCCAUACGUCAUGCUGGUCAUCCUGCUGGUGCGGGGAGUCACGCUGCCGGGUGCCGCUGAGGGGAUCGUCUUCUACCUGAAGCCAGAUGUCUCCAGGCUAGCAGACCCACAGGUCUGGAUGGAUGCAGGCACACAGAUUCUCUUCUCAUAUGCCAUAUGCCAGGGAUGCCUGACAGCUCUGGGCAGCUACAACAAAUACACUAACAACUGCUAUAGGGACUGCAUUAUGCUCUGCUUCCUGAACAGUGCCACCAGCUUUGUUGCUGGCUUUGCCAUUUUCUCUGUGCUGGGUUUCAUGGCUCGAGAGCAGGGUGUACCCAUUGCGGAAGUGGCUGAAUCAGGUCCUGGCCUGGCUUUCAUAGCAUACCCAACAGCAGUAACAAUGAUGCCCGUGUCUCAGCUUUGGUCCUGCCUCUUCUUCCUCAUGCUGAUCUUCUUGGGACUGGACAGCCAGUUUGUCUGUGUGGAAAGCAUGGUGACAGCUCUUAUUGACAUGUUCCCGGGAGUGUUUCGAAAGAAGGGGCGUCGGGAGCUGCUGAUCCUGGCCAUUGCAGUGAUGUGCUACCUGCUGGGCUUACUGCUGGUCACUGAGGGUGGGAUGUACAUCUUUCAGCUCUUUGAUUACUACGCUGCUAGUGGCACGUGCCUGCUAUUCCUGGCCAUUUUUGAAGUCAUCUGUGUAGGAUGGGUUUACGGUGCCAACCGCUUCUACGACAACAUUGAGGACAUGAUUGGUUAUCGGCCGUGGCCUUUGAUCAAGAUAUGCUGGCUGGUGUUCACCCCGGGUCUGUGCUUGGCUGUCUUCUUGUUCUCCCUAAUCAAGUACACACCCUUGAAAUACAACAAUUCUUACGUGUACCCUCCCUGGGGCUACGUGCUGGGCUGGCUGAUGGCACUCUCCUCCAUGGUCUGCAUUCCUCUCUACAUCAUCUUCAUCCUUCUGAGGACCAAGGGAUCCCUGAAACAGCGGGUCGCACAGCUGAUUUCCCCAGCAGAGGAUCUGCCACAGCCCAGGAAGCACGUGGUGGCUCUGUCUGAACAGAAGCUCAAGGAGCAGUCCUCUCCUGUCCAGGAGAUGCUCAGCAUCACAGAGAGGGAAACUCAUUUCUAAGGCACUGAAGACAUCGCUUUCGUACUCUGAGUUGAUUCGCUCUCUCCUUCCUGGAGUGGUUUCUUUUCCUGGACUCUUCCCUUCUCUCCUUCACAUGGGA